GCGGACUCAGAAUCGCCAGUCCGUAAUCCCCGCCAGCUUUUCAGUGUGUUUCUGGAGCAGUUCGCGUGCGGCGGUGUUUUGUGCGUUGUGUUGAGUGUUGACUGUUAAGGCGAAAGUGCUGGCUUCUUUGAAGGCUUACAAACAAUUUUGUCCCGACUCGACAAACAACAAAAAAGAAGUGCAUAGCCAGCCAACCGAGAGUUUAAAAGUGCAUUCCGCUGCAGCAGAACUAUAUUUGCACUUUCAUACAGCCCCUGGCGCAGAUUUGGGGGCGUGGCAGGUCGGCGGCGGACAAUGAACCCGCCCACGCAGCAAGGACAAUAAUUGCAGACUGAAUUGGCGUGGGAAGCCAGUGGAGGAGCAGCAUGAGUUGGCCCUUUUGGAACGAUGGCAUAACUCGCAUUACGGCCGCUAAGUUUCGGUAAGUUGGCAAGUUAAGACGCCGGAAAUGGGCAGUCUGCCGAAUCUUCACGAGCUGGAGGAGGCGGAGCGCAAGCGGGAGAAGCGGAGGGAGUACGAACUGCUGCUGGAGCAGCGAGCCCGGGACACCAGUCGCGAGCGGGAGCGACUCUCCGCGUUCGCUCAGCAGCGCAAGCAAUCGUCGUAUAAUGCUUACAUAAUGGCUGGUCUGGGGAUUGGUGGCGGAUCCUUGAGCCUCAAUGCCACCGCAGGCUCUGCCACCGGCAACGGAGAGCUGCCCGGUGGCAAUGGGGCAGCUGCGGGAAAGGGCCAGAUCCAGGCGGUGGGCACAGCAUCUGGAUUGGCCACCAGUGCGGGUGCUCCGCUGGCCAGCAGUGGAUUUGCGAUGCUGGGACUGGGCAAGAAGUAUGUCCCACACUCACACCACCAUCAGCAUCAGCACCAGCAUCAGCACCAGCAUCAGCACCAGCAUCAGCAUCAGCACCAGCACCAUCAGCACCGCCAUUCGCUGACCACCAGGCACAGAGUGCUGCGAACGCGCAGUUCUGGAGGAGCCCAGAACGUCUGGGAGGAGCAGAUGAUGGAGCAGCACAUCACCGCAUACUCGCCGUCGCCCAUCUCGACACGCUCGCAUCGAAUAAAUCCGGUGUCCUCGUACCAGGUGCAGGCUGCUCUGGCGGCCUCGCGUCGCCGGGAGUCGAUAAACAGCUCCAUUGGAGCCACCUCCAUACGGCGACUGAUAACGCUGAACAACAGGAAUUGCCGGCACAAGGUGCCAGCGCAUGUGCGCCAGAAGGUGUGGCGCCAGUUUAGCUGCUUGAGCUUGGCCCACGGACUGAUGAACUGCGUCCUGCUGCCGGUGAUGGCGCUCCAGGGCUCCAAUGCAGUGUGGCACCAUCGGGAGGAAUGGUUGCCCCUCGGCCCGGAGAUUGGAUCCCUGCUGCUGAGUGCUCUCUUCCUGGUGGCCGCUGGCAUGAGCCUGCCCAGCAUUCGACUGAUGAAACGCUAUGGUUAUGGCCCACUGAUAGUGGCCAACUAUAUGACAGUGCUUCUCUUCCUCCUGUCGCACCUGUACGCCUCCAUUUACACCCUUCUACCCGCCUACCUGCUGCUGGGCGUGACCCUGAGCGGAUCCGCUGGCUCCAAGGCGGCCUUGAUUGUCCACUUUGGUGGGAAGCUGAGCUGCUCCUGCGAGUCGCAGCAGUCGCAGGCGGCCGUCGAUGUGCUUCACGAGGAGCACAAGAUGUUUUGCAAUCGGGAUCAGAAGGUGAGGCGUCUGGCCAGGUGGUUCAGGGUUUCCCAGGACCUAGGACUCAUCGGCGGAGCCCUACUCGCCUCCAUUUUGCUGGCCUGCAGCGAUGGCAACUUUACGGGCGAUUGCUCCGGACUGGUUUACUAUGGCAACGAGAGCUGGCCACCGCAACUGCGCGAUUUCUACAAUAGGAACGAGCACGGCGACAGAAUCUGUGGGGCAGACAUGUGCCCACUGAGAGUGCAAUCCAUCCUGGCGGCCGGAUGGGCCAAUGGCAGCUCCAUACCCAGCUCCAUCUAUGCGGGCUUCAUCGAAAGCGAGCCCCGGGUGGCCGGGCAAUCGCUGCUCUGGCUGUACGUUCUGUUCUCGAUGAUAUCGUUGAUCCUCUCGCUGCUGAUUGUGGUGGACAAGGUGCAGGCCGCUGGGUCAUCGCGACCGGAGCGCUCCAGAGAUUUGAGCAUCACGGACACCCUGCUCUUUGCCGGUCCGCUGGCCUAUUUUGUGGGCACGGAACAGGCGUACAUGAUGGGUGACUUCCUGCGGGCCUUCGUCACGUGCUCCUUGGGGAUCGGCAUGAUUGCCGGCGCCUUGAUUGGCAUGGGUCUGAUGCAGCUCAUCGUCUCCUGCACCUUGAGCAUGCUGCUCAGGCAUGUCAAGCGGAUCGUCGUGAUUUUGGCUGGUUUCUUCUUCCACUCCUGUCUGCUGCUGGCCCUGUCCAGUUGGAAGCCGUCGAGUGACGACAGUGCCCUGUUCUACGUGAUUGCCGCCUCGUGGGGCGCCUGCAAUGGGAUGUGGGAGACGCUCCUGCUCUCGCUGGUCACUCUCAAUCAUGCCAGUCAUGUGACGGAGGUGCAGGCUCCUCUGCUGGCCCUCCGGUUUCUGGGAUUGGGUCUGACCUUCGCCGGUCACGGCUUCCUCUGCGAAUCGAUGAAGAUAAUCGCUCUGGUGGUGCUGCUCGUCAUCAGUGUGCCGCCAUAUGCUACGCUAGAGAUCCGAUUGGAGGCGCAACGCAAGGCGACGCUCGUCAGCUUAUGACGCAGCAUCUUCAGCUAGUCCCGACGAAUGCGACGGGAUGUCGUGGCCCGGACGCACACCAUGUGACAUGUUCCGGAUGCGGACACGGAUACGGACGCAGAACUGGAUCCGGUUCGGCGGCCAGAUCUCCUCGAGAUCGAUAUCGAGACCAAGAUCGAGACGCAGCCCGUCAGCAUGGAACGAGAGACACAAGUCAAGCGACGCAAGCUACACUUCAAGCUCAGUGGACAAAAGUCGCUCGAUUCGGAAAGGGAUACAGUUUGAAGGAGGCUCCAACUGAUAUAUGCAUAUUGACCUCUGGCUAUUGACCUCUGGCUAUUUGACCUCUGUCCGCGGGCCUAGAGGAUAAGUCUAGUUAAUAGGUUUGAUCUACACUCAUGUGGGAGGGGAUGAGGUAUUCCCUCGAUGUGGGUGCAUUCUCAAUUUAUAGCAUUUGCCAGUGCCAGUAAUGUUGUUCCAUGUCUAUAACCUAUCUAUCAAAUAGAGAAAUAGAGAUAGAGACAGAUAGAGAGGAAUAUAUAUAUAUAUAUAUAGAGAGAGAAAGAGAGAGAGAGAGGAGAAGAGCUUUAUGAGCCACAAUAAGCAUCUAGCAUGUAGAACGUCAUAUAUGUAUGUAUGGUAUGUAUGUAUAUACCAGUAUAUCCGAUCUGAGGUGAUACGAUAUCAAUUGCCGUAUCUGCGCAUCUGCAUACAUGUGUAUAUGUAUUUCGCCAAGGGCUCCAAAAAGGUUUUUGUAUGUUUUUCCUAAUGUAAACUCCUAGGCGUGGGCGUGUAUUCAAUUGGAACUCCAGUUUGCGGUUUGCAGUUUGCAGUUUUCAAACCGCAGCGAUCCGAUCCCGAUCCUGAUCCGGUCCAGAGUUAAUGUAUGUUAUGUAUGUGUUGUCGGUGUUAUGUGCGUUAUAUAGGUUUCGAGACCCUCCACUUUUGCCUAACCACAGGUGCAACCCGUUUCAGAUCCCGAUUCAGAUCUAGAUCCAGAUCCAAAUCCAGAUACAGAUCAAGCUGUUAUGAUAACCAGGUGAAAUCCUAAGGUCUAAGGUCUAAAAGCAACAAUGUUAACAUUUUGAAAAUUUUGAGAGUAACCAUUUUGCGACCGCUGACGAUUUCAUACAUCGGGCCAAGUAUUGCGAGUAUGUUGCUAGCCAUAUACUACGAGUAUAUAUGUUUACAUAUAUGUACAUCUACAUAUACACAUAGACAUAGACAUUAACAUACUAUAGUAUAUAUUUUUUCUUAGCGCUGGUUCCAUCUAAAUACUGAAUAGUGGAUAGUGAACAAAGCAGGUGGCUAAACGAAUGAAACCGGUGGGACGGGAAGCCGUAUACAGAUCCAGAAUAAGAUCCAGAGUUCUACGUGUAUUGGAUGUGUGUUGUAUAUUGUAGGUGUCCAUAUCCAGAUCCAAUAAAGAUUUCAAAAACCCGAUGUAUUGUAUUGCUGAUUCGACUUUGUUGCCAGUGGCUUGUUCUCCAGCAAUUAAAACC